AUGGAUGAUGUAUGUUCGAGAAGUUACUCAAAAGGGAACCAGACAAAGGGGGAAAGAAGUGCCCAGAGUAACAACCCCAAAGAGGUUUUCACAAAACAGAAAAGUGCCAUUUCUGACGAAACUCAAAACGAUGAAAUGAUAAAAUGCGCAAAGGAUAUAAGGGGAAAAAAAAGUGAAUACAAAUUUAAAGAGUUUUCCAUCUUCUCCUUUAACAUUUUGGCGGACAGCUUGGUGGACUACAAGUACGAGAACAACUGCUCCAAUGUGAUGAGGUGGGUGAACAGGAAAGAAUUCAUUUUCCAAAAUAUCAAGAGGAAACUGUCAGACAUUAUAUGCCUGCAAGAAAUAGAAGAGUCGUAUUUCGCAGAACUGCAGGAGAAACUGAAACUGUUGAACUAUGAAGGGCUAUUUUUAAAAAAGAAAAAAGAAACCUGCCAAGAUGGAAUAUGUAUCUUUUACAAUACCGCCGUUUUUAAGUUAUUAUUUUUUGACGAAAUUGUGUAUGACAAAUCGGUCUUUUUGAAGAAAUGGCACGUAGGGCUAAUUGUCGCUUUGGAGAAUAAGCUUUCGCGGAAGGUGGAGUGGUGCGAUGGAAGUGUGAGCGGUAAUCACCAAAUGGGGGGGGACCACCACGUGAGCGGCUCCCCCGGCGCUGCCAUAUCGGCCGAAUCGGUCAAAUCGGCCAAGUCCGCCGAAUGCGCCGAGUGCGCCCACCCCGCGGACGACAUUGUCAUCGUUUCCAAUACGCACCUGAUUUUCGACUCCUGCAAGGGGGACGUCAAGCUGUACCAGCUGUGCUACAUGACGUACCGCCUAGUCGCCAUGAUGAACAAGUGCCUGGACUAUUUGAGGGCGCGCCGGAAGGGGGCCAAUCCAUGGCACGCAGAAAAGGGAAACAACUCGGAAAACACAGGGAAGAACCCCCACAGGGAGGGCUCACCAAAUGGGGGAGUCCACCCAAACGAUCGUAGCGAUCUCCUCAGCCCCGCCGUAAUUUUCUGUGGAGAUUUGAACAUAACGCCCAACAGCCUUCUCUACUACUACAUAGUCAACAGGUACAUCAAUUUGAAGAAGAUUAAUAUGAAAAACAUCUCCGGGCAGUACCUCAUGUUUAAGAAGCAGUUCUACGUUUGUAGCUACGAAAGAGGAAAUGAAAUUAAAAAAAUGUUUAACGAAAGUAUUCUGAGUGAUUUAAAAUACGACUAUUACAACAGCAUGAUGGAAAAUAUGAAAAGGGAGUCCUUAUUUUCUUUUUUUAAAAAUGAAAGAAUAUUGGAAGAGGGGUAUCUAACGAGCCACUGCUUCCACCAUGGGAGUGAUGCCCAUUUGAGGAACUACAAUUCGUAUGAAUAUUCGACGGGCAAAUUUAAGGAGGGGAAGAAUGCCUGUCUGUCUUAUUGGGGGCGCUCCGGGAGAAAGUCCCCUACAUUUUCCGGCAGCGAAGGGGUGAGCAAUAAAGACGGAGGCGAUGAAAACUCCGUGCUGUUGCAUAAAGAGAGGGAACGUGGGUGCGUCAGUUUUGAUGAGGAGGGCGACGCGGAUGAUGCGAAGCAGCGCCAUCAGUCCGAGAAGGAAGCAAACAUAGCAACAGAUCAGCAGGACGACGAUUUCAUACUGUACUACCCCCUCUACUUUGAAAGUAUAUACAACAGUGUAGACGAGCAAAGGGUAGAAAAGCCCUGCCACAAAUAUGACCAUAUUGACAAUCUGAAUGACGAGGAAAAUAAUUUACCUCUAAGUGAUGUUCCUUUCACCGUGUUUCAUGGGAAGCAGAAGGGGUGCGUCGAUUAUAUAUUUUACUCGUAUAGGACUCUCAAGAAAAUAUCCUGUUCAACCUUCCCACCAUUCGACAAACUGGCAAAACAUGGUUGCCUGCCGAAUGAGAAAUACGCCUCAUCCGACCACUUGUAUUUGCACGCUACUCUAGUUAGAAGGACAACUGAUGAGGGUACGAGCGACGAAGCAUGA